AGUCCUUAAAAACCCAAAUACCUCCCUUUGAUCGUCGAUCAAUCCCCCAAAUUCUGAUAUUCAGCGAUGCCCGUUUUCAAAACCCCGUUCAACGGCUACUCCGUUAGGUUCUCCCCUUUUUACGAGUCCCGUUUAGCCGUAGCCACCGCCCAAAACUUUGGCAUAUUAGGUAACGGCCGUGUCCACGUCAUCGACCUCUCCCCGUCCAGCCCCGUCAUCAACGAGCUCAUCGCUUUCGACACCGCGGAUGGAGUCUACGAUGUCGCCUGGUCUGAAUCCCACGACUCAGUACUCGUCGCAGCCGUGGCAGACGGAUCUAUGAAAGUCUACGACACCGCCCUGCCUCCUCAAGCCAACCCUGUCCGGUCGCUCAAGGAACACGCCCGUGAAGUCCACGGUCUCGAUUACAACCCCACGCGCCGCGACUCGUUCCUUUCCGCUUCGUGGGACGAUUCCGUCAAGCUGUGGACCCUCGACCGUCCCGCUUCGCUCCGUACUUUCCGGGAACACGCGUACUGCGUGUAUUCCGUCGCGUGGAACCCCAAACACGCAGACGUUUUCGCCUCAGCGUCCGGUGAUUGUACGGUAAGAAUCUGGGAUGUUAGGGAACCCGGUUCGACGAUGAUAAUCCCGGGUCACGAACACGAAAUAUUGUCUUGUGAUUGGAAUAAAUAUGAUGAAUGUUUAAUUGCUACUGCAAGUGUAGAUAAGAGUAUUAAAAUUUGGGAUGUAAGGAACUAUAGGGUGCCGGUUUCAGCUCUUAAUGGUCAUGGUUAUGCUGUUAGGAAAAUUAAGUUUUCGCCUCAUAGGAGGAAUUUACUUGUGUCUUGUUCGUAUGAUAUGACUGUCUGUUUGUGGGAUUUUAUGGUGGAAGAUGCACUUGUAGGAAGGUAUGAUCAUCAUACCGAGUUUGCUGUCGGGGUCGAUCUCAGUGUUCUUGUUGAUGGGCUUAUGGCCAGUACUGGAUGGGAUGAGCUCGUUUACGUCUGGCAGCAGGGGAUGGACCCAAGAACAGCUUAAAAAGGGAAGUCUUCAUACCCUUUUUCUUCUAUUUAUGUUUGCUUUUGUGUAAUUCAUUGUUACAUUCUGAAUGCAUAUUGGAAUCAUUCCACCUUUGAAUAGAUAUAAAGUGAUGAAUGAUAUAAUG